CUAAAAAUCGACAGCAUCAUAUUUUAUUAUGAAUACAUUUUUAGGUCUCUGAAUAACAUAUUAUUAUACGUAUUAUUUAUAACUUGUUUAACGAUUAUUUUCAAUUUGUAUUGUUCGUUCAGCAAUCUGUUUAGUUCGAUUAGCGAGUUCGAUAAUAUUUUGUUGAAGUUGUUUUAUCUCUUUUUUCUGUAAUUCGCCAACGGUUUGCUGAAAGUCCAUAAGUUCUUUGCGUGUUCUGUUUCGAUCUGCAACCAACUUUAGCAGAUGUUCAUUGUUUGACAAUGUGAACAUCGGUUUUUCAUUUUCAUCGAGAAGCUGCUCCAGUGUAUAGAGUGUAUGACCGUCACCGUCAGCCUGAGAUUAUAAUUUUCUACCAUAAAUGAAUUAAAUAAUAAAUAAUAAUAAUGAAUUAAAUAAUAAUCAUUAAAUUACCAUUUCCAAUUACACAAUUAUCUUAUAAAUUAAAUUAAAAAGUUUCUCUUCUGUUUUGAUAAGAAAAUCGUUUCGAGCAAGCAAUGUCACUAUGUCACUGUCAAAGUUGCUAGAAUGAGUGUGCUAUCACCGGCAUACAUGUUGACCACCGUUUUACAUCAGAAGCACAUGUAACAGAGCAACAACAUCAAUUCACUCCAAGUGUAUUUUGGGGUAAAAACCUUUUUGCAGAUCAUGCGCACGGCUAAAUUUUCUUCUCGAAUUCAUUUCAUUGGAAUGUGCAAAUUGCAUGUGGAGAAUUGACAAAUUUACGUGGUCGUGACUUUUCAGGUGACAGUAGUUUUGAAUUUGAUUUACUAAAUCAAUCGUCUAGAUUUAAAAAUAAUGUUUUCACGGCCAAUCGAGACUCAGACGUUUUAGUAAGGCUUGCAUAUCGUACAUUUCCGAAGUCUAUUCGAGAAUCAACAGUUCUUGCAACUAUUCAAAUGAACAACACCAAUGGUGGCUAUUUAUUCAGCGUCCUAAAUCCGCUUGGAACUGUUGUACAGUUCGGUCUUUUUUUGGUGCCCGCAAAUCGAUACGUUUAUAAUAUAUCUCUAGUAUAUACCGAUGCAAAACUACAUUUGAAGAACCAAAACUUGGCUGUGUUCCAAGUGCCAGCGUUCAAGGAGGAGACUGCUGUUGCUAUAAAGGUUUUCUUGAGCAAGGUAACGCUCUAUCUAAAUUGUCAUGAAGUUGGAUCGGUUAUUGUAAACAAUGUGGAUCCAGUUGAAAUAAAAAUUGACUCCGAUUCUAGACUUUAUGUGGCCAGCGGUGGUCCAUUAUCACCAGAAAAAUUUGAUGGAAAAAUUGUCUCAUUGAAACUGUAUAGCGAUCCAGAAACGAUAAACAAAGUGUGUGCAGGAAAUAUUUGGGCUGAUCAACCGAUGCUGUUUACUAUGCCCCCAAUGUUUUAUACAACGCCGCAGAUUAUACCUCAAACAGCCAGUUCACCGCCGAUUUCUUUCAUCGAAGAUGAUUCUGAUAACUUUCCUGUCACUGAUCCAGCCGACAUAUCUACCGUUACACCAAAAUCUAAGUUUUAUCUUCGAAUUGCCGCACUUAAUGAACCGUACGCAGGUAAUUUACACGGGACAAGAGGUGCAGAUUUUUCGUGUUAUCGACAAGCUGUUCGUGCGGGAAUCGUUGGCAGUUUUAAAGCAUUUUUAUCAACACGAAUUCAAAGUCUACAAGGUUUGGUCAGCUAUAUGCAUUGGGAUGUACCAAUAGCAAAUAUCAAAGGUGAAAUGAUAUUUCGUUCGUGGAAAGAUUUGUUUGAUACAAAUGGAGAAUUCUCAUUUCAAUCACCGCGGCUAUACAGCUUCAAUGGUCGAGACGUAUUGCAUGAUAGUACUUGGCCACGAAAGCAAAUUUGGCACGGUUCAAAUAUAAAUGGCGAUAAAUCGAUUGAAAGUUUUUGUGCGACUUGGGAAUCGAUUGGUUUCGAUAAAACUGGAAUGGCUGGCAGUUUAUCGUAUCGAAGGCUAAUAAACAUUGAAAAUAUAUCAUGCAAAGAUGAAUUAAUUGUACUUUGCAUUGAGACAAUUCCAAGGGAAGAAGUUCCUCCCAAUACCAAUUAAAAUUGUUCAAAUCAACUACUAUGCGCCCAUCUAGAUGCUGGAAAUUGUUCAUCGUACUUACAAUAUUUAAAUAAAAUAUGAAUAUUCUACCUGGAGUUGAUCAGAAGAAUGAAAAAAAAGGAAAUUAAUCAAUAAGUAAUGGAACGGAAUGGAAAAUGAAAUUAUAAAAGAAUGUAUAUACUUUAUAGUUAAGUAAAGUAUAUACUUAUAGUUUAAAAGCAAAUUAAUGACCACAACAACAUUGCUUUAAUUUCAGAUUUGGUACUGGCAGUAGUAGUAGUGUUGAGAUCAUUGAUCACUGUGAAAAAGAGAAAAAAAUAAAGAGUCUUACAGGAGUAAGACGAACUUUUCCGCACGGUGGUAGAUGCGUAUUUUAUUAAGCUA